AUGGGAAACAUGAUGCUGGGGACUCGGAAAGACACUGCAAAGACAAAUAUUUCCCGGGCGACACGUUUCCCUGUUUGUCCUCUAAACAAUAUUCCAGGCAAGAUCAGUAGCUUAUCAUUUCCUCUUCCUGUAGGCACUCCUGGGAAAGCAGCUGAGACAACUGGUGCCCCCAGAAGUUCAAACACAAGAACCACUGUGGUACUAAGCAGAACCCCUAGGAUAUCAGGAACUCCCCACCCAGGAACUUCCAAGGAAACAGCUGAAACAACCACUGCUCCUGUGAUUGCUACUACAGUCCCUGCUUCCACCGGACCCAAAGAAUCUGCAGGAACGGGAGCACAAUCAGGAUGUCCAGCAACACCUCCACCAGCUCCAGUUUGUCAUGGUCCACUGGGAGAAAAGAAAUCUCCUGGAGACACUUGGACUGCCAAUUGCUACCAGUGUACCUGUACUGAUGCAAAGACUGUAGACUGUCGACCUAAAGAAUGUCCCUCUCCACCUACAUGCAAACCUGGGGAAAAGCGCGUCCUGUUUAAAGCUAAUGACACCUGCUGUGAAAUUGGACACUGUGAACCAAGGACAUGUUUCUAUAACAACACUGACUAUGAGAUUGGUGCUUCAUUCGAUGACCCCAGCAACCCUUGUGUCUCCUACUCCUGCAGUAGUGCUGGCUUGAUUACAGUCAUCCAGGACUGCCCGAAGCAGACCUGGUGUGCAGAACUGGUGGUGCUACUGGGAGAUGUUGAAACUAUGAAGGAGGACUUUGCUGGAGCAAGUAGUCAUUUGGAAUUCUGGGAAAUGGCAGAAUGGUAUACAAGACCAGAAGGCCUAAGAAUGUUUGCUUGUUGGUUUCAAGAUUGCUAUAAAGCGUUUACCAAUAAUUUAUUAACUUCUACAACCCAGUUUUAUAAGUUAAAAUCUUUUCAAGUUAUAUCCACAGGACCUCAUCUAUGCUAUUCAGCCACCUUCAUGGGACCACUGAAGGUCAAACUUACUCAGAUUCCAGAAGACCUGGUUGCUCAGGAUCCUUCACUAUCAUCCAGUUCUGAGUCAGAUAAGCCAACCUAA